GAGAAGGACGAUCGUUUCUUAACAUUUCGUAAAUGUCUAGAUGCACAGAUGAAGUAUGUGACUAGCAAGGGCAUCGGUGCCAAUAUCAAGCAGGCUGAUCCUGUAAGUGCAGAACAGGAAGAAUUGUUGUGGAGUACAGGAAAAUUUAAAUAUGAAAAUGCAGAAAGCCUGUUGAAUGCAGUGUUCUUUUACAAUUGUAAAUUGUUUGGAAUGCGAGGCAGAGACGAACAUUACAAUCUUGAAAGUGACCAGUUUAUUAUUUCCGAAGAUGAUGGCGGAAAGUUCAUUCAGUUUAUUGGUAGAGACGACAAAACUUUUAAAGGUGGUUUAAAACACAAAAAGGUGGAGAACAAAAACAUUAAACACUAUUCUUCUGAUAAGAUAUACAAGGUGUAUCAAGAUUAUACGAGUCUUUUAGGAGACGGUGUGAUAAAAUUUUAUAAACGUCCAAUUAAAGAUACUAAAAGAUUAUCUGCUCAAGUUCUUGGUAAAAACAAACUUAAAAACAUGAUGAAAAAUAUUUGCAGUGGUCUCGAAGGCAAUUUCACAAAUCAGUCUGGAAAGCGCAUGUGCGCAGAAACCUUGUAUCAAGCUGGCGUUGACGAACAGAGUAUAAUGGAUCGUACAGGACACCGUAGUGUCCAAGGUGUUCGAAAAUAUAAACAACCGCUCAUGUGA